AUGGCAACCAAAGCAAAGGCCGUCCAAGCAUUGGGCAAAUUCGCCUCCUGCGAUAUCGGAGACGCUCUCGUGAAGCUCGGAAUCAAGCAUGGCGGAUACCUAUCCGGUCUAUCCAUGUACAGCCCUCACCGUAUGAGCGGACCAUCCAAAAUCUUUGGACCAGCCUAUACAGUGCGUAUGGUGCCAGCGGCUGAUAAGAUACUUUCAAAUCCUCCAUGCCACUUUGCCGACGCCAUCCCGAAGGACAGUGUCGUUUUUGUCUCCCAGCCGAAGGGCUUGAUCAGCGCAUGCUGGGGAGGACUGAUGAGUACUCGCGCCCAGAAGCUCGGAGCUGCUGGUGUGGUCAUCGAUGGUCGCUUCCGGGAUAUCGAGGAGCAUCGUGCCUUGAAUAUGGGACUUUUUGCGCGUGGAAUCAGUAUUUUGGGAUCUAACACUUUUACCCGGUCGUCCGAGCUCAACGUUCCAGUUGAGUAUGAUAAUGCUGAGGUAAAUGAGAAGGUGACCAUCAACCCAGGUGAUUAUAUCCUUGGUGAUUGUGAUGGCGUCGUUGCAAUCCCACCUGAUACCGUUGAAGAGUGCUUGCGUCUUUGCCAGGAGCGGUAUGAGAUUGAUGAGAAGACCAGGGAUUGUUUGGAAAAUGGAGAUGAGAUGGGGCCAACCAUCAAGAAGCUUAGGAAGUAA